AUGAAACUUUUGAUUCCAGUAUUUCGAUUCGUCCUCGUCGCCAGUCUUCUUGGACGUAUUUUGUGUGUUCCGUUAGCUGGAAACGAUAUUCGUCACGUUCGUACCCGCUAUCAACCUUCGCGGCUGGUGGAUAUUCCUCUCCACGUGGACGACACCGCACCAAAGGCUAUAGCAGAUUUCGAGAAUGAUGGAAGGAAAUCUACGCCAGAACUCCAAACACCAUCCACCGGUACAGGGCAGAGUAUUGAGGCUGAGGGUGUGAUAUUGGCGGCAAGAGGAGAUGCCUCCACCGACCAAGCCGACACCGCAGUGACAGGAACAGACAUCGAGGUUGAAGAGGUGGCCAUCUACACGGACGAGAACGCACAAACGGUCAGCACAGAGACCAACACCAUCCCCAUAGUCUCACCAGCAACGCCCUCUUCCUCAUCAACCUCAUCAUCGGCAUCCUCGUCUUCAUCUUCAUCCCCGGCAGUCAUCACAACCCUCAAACCAAAAACCAAACGCACCAACCGCUCCUCCUACCUUUCAUUCAACAAGGCAAACCAAAAACUCAUCAAACCCAUCAAGCACACCAAGCUCACAAACACGCCUCCAUCAACCAACGACGACACACCAACAAUCCUCCCCGACACCACCACCACCACCACCACCACCACCACCUUCACCCACCCCGGCUUCCUCCCCCAACGUCUCCCCGGCAUAACCUACGCCCCCUACGACCUAACAGGCUGCCGCUCCCCCGCCAACAUCACCUCCGACUUCGCCAUAAUCGCCCAAACGCGUCUCUACUCCUCCGUCCGCAUCUACGGCGUCGACUGCUCCCAAGUCCUGCACACCCUCCGCGCCGCCUCCUCCGUCUCCUCUCCCCCUUUAAAACUCUUCCUCGGCAUCUUUUCUCUAUCCGACCUCUCCUCGCAACUCACCACCUUGAUCAAAGACGUGCAGACCUUCGCCGUCACUGAAAAAAUAUCUGUGGACGACGUCUGGACCAACAUGAUUGACACCAUCUCCGUCGGCAACGAGCUCGUCAACAACGGCCAAGCCACCCCCGCGCAAGUGUUGGCGGCUGUGCGUACAGUAAGGAAGGUAUUGCGAAGGGAGGGAUACCGUGGUCCUGUAGUCACUGUCGAUACUUUCGUUGCUGUUUUACAACAUCCUGAACUGUGUAGUAGUUCCGAGGUGGAUUACUGCGCGGUGAAUGUCCAUCCGUUUUUUGAUGCGCAUACGGAGGCGGAGCGGGCGGGGGAGUUUGUCAGGAGGCAGGUGAUGAAUUUGAGGGAGGUUAUCAAUCCCAAGACCCAGGCCCAGGCCCAGGCCCAGGGGAAUGACCUGUCUCAGGGGACUGACCCAAAUCAAGGGAAAGGGGAUAAGGGAGGGGAACGACGGAAAAAAAGGGUGGUGGUUACCGAAACGGGAUGGCCCAAGCAGGGAAAUGCAAAUUACCGGGCGGUUCCCGGACGAUGGGAACAAAAGACGGCGGUGGAGGGCGUGAUGAAGGCUUGGAGAGAGGGAAGCCAGAGGGGGUUUGUUGGAGACGAUGGAGAUUUUGAGCUGUACUUGUUUACGGCGUUUGAUGAUGAGUGGAAGAAGGCGGAUAAGGGCACGUUUUAUGCGGAGCAGUUUUGGGGGAUACAUGAUCGUUGA